UUAAAGCCACCAGAUCCCACGGCGCAGAACUCCCCCAAACCCCGAGACCCCAACCAAAAUCCACCCCCGAACUAGGUCAUCCAUGGCUGGCGGCGGGCAAGCAGCGGUCUCGUUCCUGACGAAGGUCGCAAAGGUGGCUGCCGGGUUGGGCUUGACGGCAUCUGCCGUCUCCACGUCCCUCUACACGGUGGACGGCGGCCAACGGGCGGUCAUCUUCGACCGCUUCCAGGGCGUUCUCCCGGCGGUCGUCUCGGAGGGCACCCACUUCCUCGUCCCCUGGCUCCAGAAGCCCUUCCUCUUCGACAUCCGCACGCGCCCGCACAGCUUCUCCUCCACCUCCGGAACCAAGGAUCUGCAGAUGGUCAGCCUCACGCUCCGCGUCCUCGCCCGCCCCGAUGUGGAACGCCUUCCUGAAAUCUUCACCAACCUCGGCCUCGACUAUGACGACAAGGUGCUCCCCUCCAUCGGCAACGAGGUGCUCAAGGCCGUCGUCGCCCAGUUCAACGCAGACCAGCUCCUCACCGACCGUCCCCACGUCUCUGCCCUCGUCCGUGAAGCCCUCGUCCGGCGCGCCGGCGAGUUCAACAUCGUGCUCGAUGACGUCGCCAUCACCCACCUCGCCUACGGGAACGACUUCGCCCAGGCCGUUGAGAAGAAGCAGGUCGCGCAGCAGGAGGCUGAGCGCUCCAGGUUCCUCGUUGCGCGUGCAGAGCAGGAGAGGCGUGCUGCUAUUGUUCGCGCGGAGGGAGAGAGUGAUUCUGCACGGCUCAUCUCAGAUGCCACCGCUCUUGUAGGCAAUGGCCUGAUCGAGCUCAGGAGGAUCGAGGCUGCUAAGGAGAUAGCUGGGGUGAUUGCGCGCUCACCCAAUGUUUCCUACAUCCCUUCCGGCAACAACGGCCAGAUGCUGCUUGGGCUCAGCACUGCCCGGUGAAUGAAUUGCCACUUAUCUUCCAGUUAUCCUUCACUUGAUUACAAUACUUGAAUAAGUUCAGAUGCUUCGACAUCGGAAAGGUGUGGCUACUCCCAGAUGUGCCCACUCCCAUUAUCUGGUCCAUCGAAUUGCUGAGAGAUUCGUGCACCCGUCUGAUUGUGAGCAGUGUUUUUCCAGCAACACUGCGGGCAGCUCAGAUCAUUAUGCUGAAAAGUACUAGUUCAUGUUCUCCUUCGACAUAGUUAUGAUUUUAGGAUUUUAUCGGAGAGUGGAGACUUUUAUAAUUGUGCUACUCAUCAAUUUCCAAUUAUGGAAGAGUCAUUGAACAAAUGUUGUAUUUUGGUUGCCAACCUAUGCUAUAUCUGUGCUUAUUAUUGCAGGGAUAUGGUCCUCUAUGGUUAUUGCUCAAGAGGCAACUUGGUUUUUGAAUUAUUGGUUUCA